UAGAAAACUGACGCUCUCCAUUUACCAGACCAAGGAGUCCUCUACUCCCCCAACUUGGGAAAGACGAAGCUGACAGAGGAGACGAGGAAGCAGGGAGCCCGGAGACAGAGCGAGAGAGUCUAACCCUCACUCCUGCUGUAAUCCGUAAUCGGAUCCUCUCUCUUUUUUUUUGGAACGAAGGAGGAAUGCAUCACUAAGCUUUCACUCGCUCUCGUUUCAUCGUUGCAAGACAUACUCCUCUUCCCACCAUCUCUUCGUCCUCCUCCGAUCUGAACCCUAACAAUUAACAACUUCUUUCCGGCGAUGGCAUCCUCUGCUGAUACUGCCUCUUCCCCUCCCUCCGCACAGGAAAUCACCAAUGUUUCGUCACCUUCUACGAAAGGCGACGACGCCUUGGUGCCUGCGUCGGUGAUACCGGAACAAUCUCCGCGGAAGGCAUUCGUUGGAACGCAGUCGCCACGCUCUUCUGCCGGCUCGGAUCAUGGCGGAAGUGGCAAUGCUGCUGAGGUUUCACCCAUCAUCCGGAGGAAGAAGCCAGCUUGGAACGUUCCAUCGAAUAGUGCGAUCGAGGUGGCAUCCGUCAUGGACACUGCCUCUUGGCCUGCGCUGUCUGAAUCUGCAAGGGUUUCGCCUAAAUCGUCUCCAUCUGACUCCCUCAGGACCCUUCCCAACGGAUCAAUCUCCGCUCUGUCGGUUUCCUUGGCGUCAUCUUCCUCCGCGAAGCAACCUUCGAAUAAUCAAAACCUGAACUCAACUCAGGGUUCCCCGUCUUUCCGCGACAAGAGCGUGAAGCACGGAGCUGUUACUGGUGUUGGUAGUAGCAACUCUGGGGUAGCUAAUGUUGGAGAGGCCAUGUCAUCAUCCUUGUCAGUCUUAACAGAGGCAAGCCAGUCACUGCCUGGCAAACAACCCUCUUCAGAAAAUUUUCCUAGGGGCCUCCCAAACCAGAACAACAGCAGCAGUGAUAAUGAAAGGGAUCAUUACACUAAGACCGGUGGAUUUUCUCCUCAUUCCCAUCGGGGCAAUGAUCACCAGCGGAAUUAUGCCGGAGGCAGAAGGGGCAGCACUGGCCACCAUGGAAAUUAUGGUAACAGGGCCGAUGGGGAUCGUGGAGGUUAUGAAUGGAGUCAUCGGAAUAUUGGUAGAGGUGUCCACAUGCAGCAGUUGCAUCAACAGCGAGGUGUUGGUUCAUACCCAAGGGCUCCAUCUGUAGCAACAGCGCCCUUCAUUGCACCACCUCCACCUGUUAGACCUUUCUCUAAUCACAUGGGAUUUCCAGAUUUUCAAUCUCCCAUUUACUAUGUUGCUGCACCUCCGUAUCCUGAGUCCCUGAAAGGCGUUCCAUUUGCUUCUCACCCUGCUCCUACUCCACAACUAAUGUAUUUUCCUGCAGUUGAUCCUCAGCGUGCUAUGUUGCUAAAACAAAUAGAUUAUUAUUUUAGCCCGGAAAAUUUGUGCAAAGAUUUAUACUUGAGGCAAAAUAUGGAUGAACAAGGCUGGGUUCCCAUAUCCUUGAUAGCUGGCUUUAAUAGGGUGAAGCAAUUGACUAACAAUAUACCAUACAUAUUAGACACUGUACUGCUAUCAAAUGUAGUGGAGGUACAGGGCGAUAAAAUAAGGAAGCGUAACGAUUGGAUGACUUGGGUUCUGCACCCAGUAGACAAUUUGGUUUCUGCUUCUGGCCUACAAUCUCCAAUAGCCAAUUUUGGUCUGGAAGCUCAUUUUGACAAUAUUUACUUAGACUUGGAUGAUCCUAAAAACACUGGCUCGAGUGGAUUAGCAAAAAAUGAGGCAGCUUUUGCAAGGUCGGCCUCCGUGAAACUAAAUAGUCAGAUAUCUGUAAGAAAUUCUGAGGAUGGCGAUGUUCAAGUGGGUACGUAUUCUGAUCGUAUCAGGAAAAUGAGAACUCUACUCAGAAGUGACACAAUGUAAGUUUGAUUUUGGAAGUUUAUAAAUGAUAUUUUGUCUGAUUAUAGUGUCUAAAACAUUGUUUGAGUGACUUGGUAAACUCCAAAUUCUGAAUUCAUCCCCCGUCUAUAUAUUGUAAAACAAAGGGUGCACGUUAGAAUUAUAAACUUACCACUUCACUUGGAUAGUGUUUAUGGUCACUGUACCUUGACAAAAUAUCAUUACUCUGUGUAAUUAAGAAGGGCCUAUCAAUUGCAUGAACUAUAUUUUGGGACAUCGUGGGGGCGGGGGCGGGGUUAAGAUAGACAAAUAAGAGAUAUAUGAAUGCUCGCUUGUACAGAC